AUGCCUUCAAAUUCAACGUCGAAUUCGACCGACGCUUCGGACUUUGACUCUGACCUUCGCUAUGACUAUAUUGCCAAAGUGAUUCUCCUGGGCCCCUCUGGGUGUGGAAAGUCAUGUAUCAUGCACAGAUUCGUCAAGGGCGAAUGGAAGGUGUCUUCUUCGCAAACGAUAGGCGUGGAGUUUGCUUCCAAAAUCGUCCGUGUGGGCUCAGGGUCCAACCUGACCAGAAUCAAGCUGCAGCUAUGGGACACUGCUGGACAGGAGCGGUUUCGAGCGCUGACCCGUAGUUACUACCGAGGAGCCGCAGGAGUGGUUCUAGUAUACGAUACGGUGAACCGUUCCACUUUCAGACAACUUGCCGAGUUCAUUCAGGACGUUAGAAGCCUCACAUCUCCUCAAGUGACUAUGGUUGCAUGUGGAAACAAAGCUGAUUUGAUUGAGGAGGCAGAUAGAACGUGGAUCGUCCCUCCAGCCGAAGUGCGCACCUUUUCACAGUCGAAUCCCGACAUCACAGUCACCACUUGUUCGGCCAAAUCCGGCAAAGGCAUUGAGGAUUUGUUCGACAAAGUGGCUGCUCAGCUCCUGACCAAGAUUGAGCUGGGCGAAAUCGAUCCAGAGGACAUGAACAGCGGUGUACAAUAUGGAGACGUUCCGCGGUGGGACCGGUCGACGAAAAAAAGCAGGAAGAAGGAUUCCAAAAAGGGUUUCUCUGCGUUAUCGAGGUUUUUUGCAAACAGAGCUGGUGAGGAGGAGAUCAAGAAGGACCAGCAGGAUAAAGAAGAGAGUGGCGGAAGGUCUAGUUCCCGCAAGAACUCGAACACGCCGCUGCUACGACGCCCAAGUACAGUGGAACAGGAACCCAUUGAGUUAGAUGGGCGAGGGGCAGACUCGAGGGUAGAUGUAGCCCAGCAGACGAAAUCGGGAUGCUGUUAUUAG